AAAGGUAGCUUUUCCGGGUCGCGUAUCACACGUUUUAAACAUUUAUCCAGUGGUUUUCAAUGGACAUUGAUUUUGGGAACAGCACUCGGGAACUGUCGGGCUAGUGCAUUAACAGGCACCGACAGGCACUAGGUUAGUGUUUUUGCGGCAGCCAUGUAUAAGCUGUUAGCUAGCAAAAGUCAGCAGACGAAGGGUGAAGUAGUCAUCUGUCACUGAGCAGGCUAAUUAUCUCAUUUUUUUAAGUCGUAGGGUUAAUUUUUUUUUUCUUUUUUGAAUUAGCAUAUAAGGUGUAUUUGAACUACUAAUAGUCCGCAAGCAGAAGUCAGAUUUGUAUUGAUGAGGGUUCAUCAGAUCAAUGAAAACCCGUUAGAUUGACCGACAUUUGGACCAGUCUGUCACUUCUCAUCAUGUUAACAUGCUGUGUCAGAAACGGCCUAUCAAGGCAUCUACGUAAACUGAAAUCCUCACAGUGCAGCGUAACCCUGGUUUUGCAGCACACUAGGAAACUCAGCAGUACAUCAUCGGAGGAGGACUUGGAUCCUGUAGGCACUUUGAUGCAGCUCUGUGUGGACAGAUACUAUAUUUCACCGGGUCAGACUAACACAGAGCUGUUUCAGCGGGGGAUGAGCUGCAGUUAUGGACCUCUGGGCAUGGAGCUGAGGAGAAACCUUCUGGAGCAGUGGUGGCACUCUGUGACCAGGUCCACGCCUCAGGUGUUUGGGAUAAACUCUCUGAAGAGCACCAAUGACACAGCAACAGACGGAUGUGGGCAACUGAGGAUUGUUGAGUCUGAAUAUUUAAAAGUACUUGAACAGCAAGAACUGAGUAAGGAGCAGCUCAUUCAGGAAGUUGAAAAGCUCUUUCAGAGGUCUCCAGUUGUGAGGACAAACUUUUUUCAAGGUGCCUUGCAGCAGUUUGUCCCUUCCUUGGAGCUGGUGAACAACAGGCUGCCCUUUGGCCUGGCUGAGACUGGUGUGUGUUUUCAGCCUUCAGGUGGCUCUGGUUGCCCAACUGAGGUCACCCAGACUUCUCUGGUGUGGUUCUGCUCUUCUCGUACCUCUUCGCAAUGGCUAGAUCACUGGAUGCGACAGAGACUGAAGUGGUGGAGGAAAUUUGCCCUGUCUCCAUCAGACUUCAGCAGUAGUGACGUCCCACAAGAGGAACUCGAGGAUGCAGCAUCUCGUGGCGUGAGGAUCAUGUACAGCUUCCCAUGGGGACAGGAGACCCUGGAGACGGUAUGGAGCAGAGGAAACGCCGAGCUGCUGCAGGCACUCAAAGGAACUCGUUUCAAACUACAGUAUAAAGAUGCUCGUAAGUCAGUCCCUCAUGUUGUCUCUGUAACCGGGAACAUGGACCGUGGUGUGUUGGCCUUUCUGUCCAACUCAUUCCAGCAGCUCAAGAAAGACAACAACAACCAGAAGCUGCAGCAGAGAAAGGUUCUGAAGUUGCAUCCAGCACUGGCUCCAGUCAAAGUGGCUUUAGACAUUAGCAGGGGAGCCACUGUGGAGCUGAGGCAGGUGUGUGAAGGACUGUUGCAGGAGUUUUUGGAGGCUAAGAUCUCUGCGUGGCCUGGGUAUCUCAAAGCUCAGCCAACAAAGAUGGAGAAGCUGAAUGCAAAGUAUGAUGAGAUGGGAGUGCUCUUCACUGUGAUGAUCAGUGAGAACACGUUGGAGAGUGGCCUCCUUCAAGUCCGCAGUAGAGAUACCACCAUCAAGGAGACAAUGCACAUAUCUGAGAUCAAGAACUUUCUCUCCAGAUACAUUUCUGCUGCUGGCAACAUCUGAUUGAACUAAAAAAAUAAAAAGUCUGACGACUUUGCUAACACAGUUUUGCAUCCCAUCGAGGUACAAAACAGAAGUCAGGGACCUCCUUAUGAGUAAAAAUCUCAUAGAGAUGAUUGUUUCCCUGGAUGACCCAGUUCGGAACUGUGGUUGUUUUAUGUGUUUAGGUCUAUUUGGCUGACAGGAUGUUCUGUACCUUGUUUUUAAGGCAAAGAAACUAUUUUUGUGACUUGUCAAAAUUUGGGACCUGCAAGUAAUCUUUUUAUUGGGUAUGACCUAAGGACUCCUACAGUCUCCUCUACAUACUUCGAAGACAAAGAGGUGGAUAACUCGCACUUGUGUUUUUACUGCAUAUGAUUGUGUCUGUGUCACUGUCUGAAUUCAGCUUUGUGGGAGGAUUUGAAGAGAUCUUUUGUGUGCUUAUUUCUGUUUCACUUUCUAAUAAAAUAUACAGACUGUU